GUUUAGUUAAGCAGCAGUUUGUCACUGAGCUGAGAGGGAAUCCCUGCUUGAGUCACUGGCUCGCGUGGAGUGGUGGUUCCGGAAAGGGAGAGGCGCAUUCACUAGAGAAGGAGCUUCUGGUCUCACACCCCUCCAGGACAUGCCCCGCGUGUCUGCGGGAAGUGGCUGCGAGGUUGUCUCCUUGCGAAGGAAGCUGCUCUUACCGCCAUGUCUUCAGACUUCUUUCUGCAGCCUCUGGACGGCGGUCCUCGCGUGCCCGUGGGGCCGGGGCAGACUGUGAUAGGCCGCGGGCCGCUCCUGGGAAUAACAGACAAGAAAGUGUCUAGAAGACAUGCCGUUCUUGAGGUGGUGGGAGGCCAGCUUCGGAUUAAACCAAUCCACACGAAUCCGUGUUUCCAUCAGUCCUCUGAGGAGAGCCAGCUCUCGCCGAUGGAGACUCACGCGUGGUGCUGGUUGCAUCCUGGGGAUAGCUUUUCCUUGUUACUCAACAAGUAUGCUUUCCGUGUCUUCUCUGCACAGGCUGAAGUGGAAAUGGAGUGUACUUUAAGAAACAGCCAGACACUUGAUGAAGAUGAUGUAUUGAGUGAGAUGCACAAGUCCCCUGUGAUUGAUUUACCUGAUAAGACAACCAGUGCCUCACAGCUGCAAGGAAGCCCCAAAAUAACCAAGACCAAGUGUUCUGCCAUAGAUCCCAUGUCCUCUUCAGGGGAGUCCAGAGACUUUGGAGGGCACCAGUCACACCCUGCACAGAGGAAAAGAAUUCUCCCAGCUUGGAUGUUAGCAGAAAGUUUAAGUGAUCAAAACCUUUCAAUAGCUGGUAAAGGUGGAGAUAAGGAUGUCAUCCAGACGAGUGGAAAAGAAGAAACCUGCGAAGAUGAAACCCAGGUAAACACACCGUGGCAAGGGAGGAAGCGGUUAUCUCCAUCAGGAAGUUCAAAAAGUGUCUCAGCAGAACAAGAUCCUGGGAAGAAAGGCAAACGCUCUGAUCAAGAAGGACCAGUUGUUUCAUCCAAGGAUGUUCCAGAAUCAUUGUUUUCAAUCACAUUAAGUAACCCAGAUGUGGAUAUCGUGAAGACAAAUGAACUGAGCAGUGCAAUUCCAAUUGAGGACCUUGGUGAGGUGUCUAAAAAUAAAGGCAUUACCAGAGCGACAGCAAGCAAAUACGGUGAGACAGUGAGCCGUCCUGAAAGUCAUGCACGUGUCCAGAGCACAUCACUCCCCACGGAGUCUCAAGGAUCCCAUCCCGAGUCCAGCUCUGCUCCCUCCGGUCCUGCUGCUUCGCACACAGACACGGCUGAUUCAGGUGUAGGCCGUUCAGAAGAAAGCAGGGUCCGGAGGACGCCCUGCAUGUAUGGGGCCAGCUGUUACAGAAAGAAUCCUCUCCAUUUUCAACACUUCAGCCACCCUGGUGAUAGUGAUUAUGGAGAUGUACAAGUCACAGAUGAAGGUGCGACUGAUAACAGGCCUGAGUGUCCCUACGGGACAUCUUGUUACAGGAAGAACCCCCAGCACAAGAUGGAGUAUAGACACAGUGCAUGCCCAGUCAGAAUUGCUGUAGAUGAAGACAGUGAUGAUAUUCCCACUGAGAAUGACCUGAACGAUAGCCUUCCAGACGAUGAGGAGGAGGAGGAGGAGGAGUAUGAGCCGACAGACGAAGAUUCAGACUGGCAACCAGGAAAGGAUGAUGAGAAGGAAGAUGUGGAAGAACUUUUGAAAGAAGCAAAAAAGUUUAUGAGAAGGAAAAAGUAAUUUUUCUACAAUAAUAUAAAACUCACAUUUGCUUUUUCUCUAUGGGAAACAUCCAGAAACUGAGUAGGAAACUGAAAAUAAUCAUUUUCUUCUUUUGAUAGUUCUUUGCACUUGCACUAUUGAAACACUAGCCUUCGGUGAAAUAGGUGGAAUGUGUGUUAUUGCCUGUCUUGGUGCCUCUUUCAUGCAUCUGUCAGUGGAAGCAGGUACAGAGGUUAGGCAGGGACUGAUUUUUUUCAGAUACUUUAUAUACUACUAAUAAAAAGCCAUAGGUUGUGCGGACCUUUGAUCUUCUGUCCUGGGGUCUCUAUAGUCACUGUGCAAGCCUAGCCAGGUGCUUACAGAACAGUGGGAGAGCAUAGGCCUACACGGCUGCCCACAGACUCCCGCACAGAGCUACCCUUGAACAAAAAAGCAGGGCGGCUGCCACAGUGUCUUACUCUUCUAAUGAGUUAGAUGUGGCUUUGUGAUUUCAUUUAUGGCUUUUGUCCUUUGAAGCCUGCAGAAAUGAUUAACAAAUAGAUGUUGAAAAUGAUCAUGUUAACCUAUAGGGACUCAGCGCUCACCUUGCAAGGAAUAUGUUUUGCACAUCUCACAACUACAGCAUUGUAGUGAGUGUGUAAGAAGGAAAACCCCAGAGCACAUCAGUUGCUGUCCCUCACGUCUCUCCGGAUUACUUCACUUGCACUGUGUACUUUAUACUGAGGAUGCAGAGAAGCUCCUAGCCAUGGUUUUCUCAGAGGGUCUCCUCAGUGUGGCGAGAGGGGCAAGUUCUUGGCCACGGUUAAGGUUGUGACCUCUGAGGAUGCCUCUGCUCCGGAGAGCGCUACGUCUCUGCACUCCUGUCCUUGAGCCAGGCUCAGGAACUGUGGUUUCACACAGCUUAGAGUUUUCACUAUGAGUGGAGUGUGCACGCAGAGCUGGGGUGUACCACAUCAUGAGGCAGCAAGCCAGAGCGCCUUGCCAUUUUUAAUUCUUAAGAGGAAAGAAAUGUGCGUCUUAGACCUAAUGGCGUUGAGGAUGUUUUCUUAGUAUUUAUGAAUCUCUCUAUGUAAGGAGAAAGACAAAAUAAAUAUUUCUCUAUACUAUUAUCA